AAAGAGAGUUCGUGGCCACGUGGUCCAUUCUUUCUCCUAAUGCCAAUGGAAGGUUGCCCGGAGACUAAAGCCCAGGGUUGGGAAAUAGGGUAUAUCAACAUCACAAUUGCGGAACCAUUUGAAGGGGAGAGAGUUUACGAUACUGCAAGGAAAACCUGGCUUACUAUUGAUAGAGCCACAUACGAAGGCAUGAAAAUUCGAGGCCCUUAUGGGCUAUACAAUUUACAGAUGAACUUUUGUUUCAAGACGGCUGAUCAUAAUUUGACCAAAACUGAGAACUUUCCUGAUUGGAGCAUUGAAGUGUUUGGUUCAGAUGAAAGCUGUCCAUCGGGGUUUGAGAAAGAUUACUUCUUAGCGUAUUUCCCGCCUAUAUUGACCUGGAAUGCAGAUGGGUAUACGCCAUCGUUUGAAGUGCGACAGGGUCCGGAUCAUCGCAAGAAUCAUACAGAGAUAUCUUUCACCCUGUGUAAACGUAUCCAGGAGGACAGUGAUGCUGAAAUGAACGUUGACGUAUCGUAUAUUUUCAUACAGGUUUGCAAGUCAACAUUCUAUUCAUGUAACAUCUUGUUCAAUAUUAAGCAUGAACAGAAAACAGGACUUUUAUUAGAAGGGAGGGGGCGUAAUAACUGUCGGGGAUGCCGGGAGCGGUAA